AUGAUGGGGAAGCCUAGUGCCCAGGACUCCUUCUCAGCCGGGUGCCCAGAAGCUCAGAGGGCGGCUAGGGAGGCAUCUUUGCCCAGCCAGCAUGGGUCCUGGCCCUGUGUCGCGCCCAGGGAAGCCCACACCUGCGCCAAGGCUCCAGGAUUUCUUGUCAUCAAGGCGGAGCAGCCGAGGAGGGGCCCAGCUCUGCCCCCGGGCUGGCCCCAGCCCAAUCAGGAGGUGUGUGGCCCUGGCGCCAGGCCUGCCCAGAGCAAAGAGUGCUGCUGGCUGCUGCCUGCCGAGCGAACCACCAAGAAGCACGAAGAUUGGCCAGGCAUCUUCUUAGACCCCGUGGAAAAGAGGAGGAGGAACUUCCUGGGAGACAACCCAGGCUUCGCCAGAGCCAUCACCAGUACCAAGAGGACCUGUAGGAGCAGCAGUGGCCAGUCUGAUAAUGGUCCACAGCUCAGCAGUGGGCCACAGAUGUGCCUGCUCUCAGGGGCGGAAACCAAGCUCACCACCGUGGCCUCCAGGCGAAUAGGUCGUGGGACAUCAUUGGGGAAAUUCAGGAAAGCCACUGUGAAGAAAGCGUCAGAGGGACGGAUUUCCACGGCCCUGCGCCAAGGCUACUUCAGCCUUUUCCUGGAGGAGUGUCACAAGUUCUCGCGGCCCCAGGAGGCGGUGCAGAUGGCCUGGAGCGAGGAGCAGAUGGCUUACAACAGCAGCCCCAGCGAGGAGAUCUACGUGCGCCUGGCCCUGAAGGUGCUCAGGAAGCUGAGGGGUCUGGUGCCCAGCGUGGUGCCGGGUCUGCACAGGGCAGCCCUGUACAGCCGCCUCCGGGACUACGUGCUGAGCCAGGAGCAGCUCCACGGGCACGGCUACCCCUUCCCCCACCCGCAGAAACCAGGGGCCGCCUUGCUCUUGGGCGCGCUGGACAAGCCCAGGCACGGGGUGAGGAUCUGCUGCCGCUGUGGCUCCCAGUACGCCGUGUCCUCCUCGGGCCGCUGUGUCAGCGCCGACCUGUGUCGCUAUCACUGGGGACGGCUCCAACACCAACCCGUGGCCGCUGGCUGGGAGAGCCGCUACACCUGCUGCUUUGCGCCUGCGGGCUCCAGGGGCUGUCAGGUGGCCAGGCAACACGUCCGGGAUGGCAGGAAGGAAGACCUGCAAGGGUUCGUGAGGACUGUGGAGAAACCCUUCAGGGAGGACGCCCACCCAGGAGUCUACGCCCUGGACUGCGAGAUGUGCUACACCACACACGGGCUGGAGCUGACGCGCGUCACGGUGGUGGACACCGAGAUGCGGGGCGUCUACGACACCUUCGUCAAGCCCAACAACCGGAUCGUCGACUACAACACCAGGUUUUCGGGGGUGACCCACGACCACCUGGCCUCCUGCCGCACCAGGCUGCCCCACGUGCAGACUUCCCUGCUGAGCCUGUUCAGCGCCGACACCAUCCUUAUCGGACACAGCCUCCAGUGCGACCUGCUAGCCCUGAAGCUCAUCCACCCCUCCGUGGUGGACACGGCUGUGCUCUUCCCCCAUCCCCGCGGCCUCCCCUACAAGUGCUCCUUGCGCAGCCUCGUGGCCCGCUACCUCAGCCGCAGCAUCCAGACCAGCGCCAGCGGACACAGCCCUAGGGAGGACGCCAGCGCCUGCAUGCACCUAGUGCUCUGGAAGUUGCGAGAAGAUUCCGCCCACAAGGACACCCUCGGACCCCUGCCCUCCGUCUGA